AACAUUUUUAGGAAGUUUAUUACAAUGUACCAGAUGAAAAUCACAGAACUUGUUAUGGAAAACUAGCACAUAAAUUUAAAAAUAUUAAAUAUUUAUUAAAUAAACAAGAUUCUACUUUAAAAAAAACCAGUUUUCAAAUCUGCAUAAAUAUAAACAGAAAAAUAUUACUACCUCGGCAUUACUAGAAGGUAAGAAAAUUGAAAAUUUUAACAAAUUAAAUUAAGUUCAUGUUGAUUUUUAAAUUGAUUUAAUUUUUCAUCAGGAAGUAUUAAUAAGGCCGAUCCUGUUAUCCAAAAUGCAAUUGCUCGUUUGAAACACGAAAACCAUGAAUCUUGGCCUUGCAUCCUUGAAAAUUGGUCGAGAACACACGCACUUAGAGUCAAAACCUUAAAAGAUUCGAGAACCUCAGUCGACGCAGCAGAUGAACUGUCUAUAACGGACUAUUUCAAUGAAUGCUAAACCAAGACUUUAAGGAAUUAUAUCCUGGCAGGGAAGAUGGGCUUGUUACAAAAUGGGAGACGUCCAAGGCUUUUAUAAUCGAUUUAAUUAAAAAGGAAACAUCGCAAUCGGACAGUUACACACUGAAACAGCUUGAUGAUUAUGCUAAAACGCCUGAAGGACUUCAAGAUGCAAUAAUAUUAAAUCUUUUGCCUCAAUUAUUAAUUCGGCGUGCUCGAGGAAAAAAUUCUACGGAUGUAAUAAGCAUUGCUGAAGCGAGAAAAAUUUUUAUUUUACACGUUACUAUCCCUGGAGACAUUAACAGAGCAGUUCAAAAUCAUGCGUCUUACUUGAAGCAGCUUAAUUUGCCACUUCAACCAACACUCGUAUUCGUUGGUCCAACAAUUUCGAACAUUUCGGCAAGUUAUGUACAAAUUGAAAGCACCCGUUAUCUUAUGCGAACUCCUGUAAAAGCCUUGGAUACAAAUUUAUUUUGCAUUGUGUUUAAUAACUGGGGACAAUUUAGGAUUUCAAUGUAUUAAUGGACUAGCCGAAUCAUUAAACGCAAAUUUUUUUUGUCGCUUUUGUAAGAAUCAUAGAGUAAUUACUCAAACUCAAAAAUUGGAAGUUGUAGAAAGUUUACGUACUAUCGAAAAUUAUGAACGGGAUGUAUUGACUAAUGACUUCACUAGCACUGGAAUAAAUUCAAAUUGUAUGUGGAAUGUUCUUAAAUCCUUUCACAUUAUUUCAAAUAAGUACAUAGAUAUUAUGCACGAUUAUUUAGAGGGUGUCUGUCACUAUGAUUUGUGCGCAGUUUUAUAUCAAUUUGUUUGUGUUGAUAAAUACUUUUCUAUUAAUACUCUGAAUGAGAGGGUUCAAUAUUUCAAUUAUGGCCCUGAUUCAGGAAAUAAACCAUCUAUCAUUACGUUAAAUCACAUUAAAAAACUUAAGCUCAAAAUGAAUGCAUCAGGAAUGUUAUUUUUUUGUCAACAUUU